GGACCCCAUCAUGAUCGAAGUUGUGUUUACAAUCAGAGCAACAUAGUGGAUGGAGUUUACUGCCUCCCAAUAGCACACUGGAUUGAAGUCUCUGGACAUACUGAUGAGAUGAAGCAUACAACUGACUUCUAUUUUAAUAUCGCAGGACACCAAGCUAUCCAUUACUCCAGAAUUCUGCCAAACGUCUGGCUGGGAAGUUGCCCUCGGCAGCUGGAGCAUGUGACCAUCAAGCUGAAGCAUGAGCUGGGUGUCACGGCUGUGAUGAACUUCCAGACCGAAUGGGACAUUGUUCAGAAUUCCUGGGGCUGCAACCGAUACCCAGAACCCAUGAGCCCUGAUGUCCUCAUGAAACUGUAUAAAGAGGAAGGUAUUGCUUAUGUCUGGAUGCCAACCCCAGACAUGAGCACCGCAGGAAGAAUACAGAUGUUACCACAAGCUGUCUACCUCUUGCAUGGGCUACUGGAGAAUGGACACACUGUCUACGUUCAUUGCAAUGCUGGCGUCGGCAGGUCUACAGCUGCUGUCAGUGGCUGGCUGAAGUAUGUGAAGGGAUGGAGCCUGCGGAAAGUGCAGUACUUUUUGGCUUCUCGGAGACCAGCUGUCUACAUCGAUGAGGAAGCUCUGAAUUGUGCUGAAGAUGAUUUCUACCAGAAAUUUGGGCAUCUUCAUUCCUCAUGCAAAGUACUAGAGUAG